AUGGCGCAUCUGUCAUUCGAGCUGCCCGCGCGUUCCAACUCAUUGCUGCGUGACUGGGUCGUCAACGCGUAUGGCACACCCAACUUUGAAAACGGCCUCACCAUCAUCAAGUGGGCCGAGUCCAAGCGGGACAAGGUUACUGGCGUCUUUGUGCCGGAGCCACCUUUCGAGCACAACGGGCUCGAUCGGAUCUUUACGAAUCGUCCGCAGUUCAGGCACGCCAUUGCCGAGCUGCUUGGCAACCGCGACGUCCUCAACAUCUUUGGUGCGAACUUCCUCCUACGCGACCCCGAUAAAUCGCUGCUCGACUUUCUGGACGCAGCAUUCAAGCCUGCAGUGCGCGAAUACGACCGCACGCACGAGCCUCUGAUGGCCGUCGUGACAACACCCGGGGCAGUGGAUGGCGGUCUCAAGGACUGCCUACCGAAAGAGCCCAGCUUCAACAUGUUUCGUCGCAUCCGUUGCCUGUCGCCGCACGUGUCCUUUUCGACCGCAAGCGACGUGUUUGUCAACACGUCAGGCACGUUCUCGCCGAUGCACAUCGACAUUGGCAUGACCUCGGGCUUCUCGACCAUGAUCGAUGGCGCCAAGCUCUUUGUCCUCUACGGCUGCAACGAUCACAACAGGAGGAUCAUGCAGCGCUGCCAUUUGCAUCCGGUUGACUGGUCGGGGGCCCUCCGGCUGAUGCGCGAGCUCACAGAGCCUCGGCUGGUCUACCUCAAGCCGGGCGACACGAUCUACGUUGGUGCAGGGCAGCCGCACUUUGUGCUCAGUCCAAAGCCCGGUGCUCUUGUCACGCUCAACUGUGCCAACCCCUCCAUCAGCGAGUGGGACAACACGCUCAAGGGCUACGACUCGCUCAUCACGGGCAUUUGCAACUACCUUUCCGUCCAAGGGCUCUCCCAGUUGGAGGUGGGAGGUCGAUGCCUUCGUCAAGAAGCAGGAGGAAGGACGCACGAGGGUCCUCGAGACCUACAAGCGGCUUGGUGGCACAAAGUCUUUUGA